AUGUCAAAAAGGUCUUUCAAAGGCAAUGACAGUAUCAACAAAAAGAAAAAAUUAAAAGGCACAAAAAAAAUUAUUAUUUCAGAUAUUUCCAAGAUUCAACACUUAGAAACAUCCUGCAUAAUAUUAAAAAACUUAGCCUUUGAUAAUGAACCAAUAUGCUCCGUAACCUUAUCUAAUUUGAAUAUUUACUGCUGCUUAACAUGCGGAAAAUAUUUCCGUGGCAAAAAUUUUGAAUCUCCUGCUUACCAACAUGCUUUGCAAAAUUUUAAUCAUAAGUUAUUUGUGAAAAUGUGUAAUGAUACUGAUAAUUAUAAUACUGUUCACCAAUUUAUCACUUUGCCUGAUAUGGAACUUAUAGAUGCUUCUAAAAGUAAAUUGUUAACUAUUAUUCAAAAUAACAUAAAUCCUAAAGCAAUUACUAUAAAUACAAUAGAAAAUAAAGAGUGUUUUGAUUUCAUCAAUAAAAAAAAAUACAUUACCGGAUGUGUUCCACUAACCAAUGAACAAGGAAUGGACCAUGUUAACGUUAUAAUUCAACUAUUAUCUCAAUUAAAUGAGUUUAAAUCUUUUAAUGAAGAAAAUAAUAUCCUUACCGCUGCUACCAAUUCAACCUGCCCCAAUGGUAGUAAUGAUACAAGUGUAUUGUUGCAAAAAAAAUUGUUAAAAAUAAUUAGAAAGAUAUGGAAUCCAGAAUUAAUUAAAGCAAAUAUAUCACCCAUUGAGUUAAUAAAUUUUUUGAAUAAUCAUUAUUAUAGUAAUCAAAGAAAUUUUGCUUCAGAAGAGUUCCUUCAUUCUUUAAAUGACCCAAAAUCUCUGUAUGUCUGGUUGAUUCAUCAUUUACAUAACAAAAAGUUAUUGACAGAAAAUUUAAAAGGAUACAUACUAGUUACAAAAACUAAGAUUGACCUAACUAAUUUAAAACCGAUACCGAAUGAAAAGCCUAAAAAGUUUAUCACACCUUUUUACCUAUUAUCAGUGGAUCUUCCUAAAACUUCAAUUUUUAAAGAACCUAUUACUAAAAUAUCAAAAAAUAAUGAUGAGGAGGGGAAGGAAGAAAACUGUGAAAAUUUACUUUUAUCUUCCUUGAUUGAAGAUAAAUUUACACAGCCUCAUAUCAGUAAGGACGGUUUUAGGUGCGAAUAUGAAAUUAAAAGCUCACCAAUGCAUUUAUUAAUACAUAUUAAUAGGUUUGAAAAUAGUACAACCACUUUGAAAAUUUCAACCAACCUACGGAAUAAAAAAAUCGUGGAGUUUCAACCUGAAAUGAAAUUAUUUAAGAAUUCAAAUAAUAUUAAUGGAAAGAAUGGAGUUAAUUAUAAAUUAAAGUGUAAUAUAAUUUACAAUUCUAGUGAUAAAAGUAAUACAAACAAAUGGAGCGUCCAGAUAUUAACACAUCUUGCUAAAUUCGACGCAUCACCAAAUAAGGAGGAACAAUGGUUUGAAAUUGAUGGUUUGGAAGUGAAAAAAAGUGAUGGUGUUUUAUUAUUUCUUCAAGAAUCAUAUUUUCAAUUGUGGGAAAGAGUUUAA